AUGUCAAGGGAUCCACUAGUAGUAGGACAUGUAGUAGGUGACAUUUUGGACCCAUUUAUUAAAACAGCCUCACUUAAGGUUCUGUAUAACAACAAGGAACUGACCAAUGGAUCUGAGCUCAAGCCAUCACAAGUAGCAAAUGAACCAAGGGUUGAAAUUUCUGGGCGCGAAAUGAGGAACCUUUACACUCUGGUGAUGGUGGAUCCAGACUCCCCCAGUCCAAGUAACCCAACAAAAAGAGAAUACCUUCAUUGGUUGGUGACAGACAUCCCGGAAUCAGCAAAUGCUAGCUAUGGAAAUGAAAUUGUCAGCUAUGAAAACCCAAAGCCAACUGCUGGAAUACAUCGCUUUGUCUUUGUACUCUUCCGCCAGUCUGUCCAGCAAACCGUUUAUGCACCAGGAUGGAGACAAAAUUUCAACACUAGAGACUUUUCUGCGCUCUAUAAUCUUGGGCCUCCUGUGGCUGCAGUGUUCUUCAAUUGUCAAAGGGAGAAUGGGUGUGGAGGCAGACGAUAUAUUAGAUAA